CUGUUGACGGCCCCCCUCAAGCUUCUUCUUGACGUUCCGGUUGAUGCUUUUGGGCGGGAGUCUGCAAAUGCCCGGAAAUAUAUCUUGGAGCAACUGGGUCUGGCAGCAGCAGGAUGCUCAGGGGUGGUCUACAUGGUAAAUGUGAUGGGAGAGUAUUGCCGACGAAAGCAACAGACAGGAAAGGAUUUGUGCAAGAAAGGCACACCAUUAGGAGAAGUCCCUAUUCCCGAAUCGCAGGGCUUGGCGCCGGGCAUAAUAUACCUGAUCAUCAUAAUUGCAUGUCAGCUGCUGUACACACAAAGCCCUGAAAGCUUGGCCAACUACAAUUCUUCUCUACUCUCAAUUUGUUUUAUGCUCUUUUUGGGCUUUGUCGAUGAUGUACUGGACCUCCCUUGGCGAUUCAAACUCAUUCUUCCUCCAAUAGCAACACUUCCGCUCCUCUGCUCCUACAGCGGCUCAACUUCCGUCAUCAUUCCCAAGCCUCUUCGAGGUCUUCUCUGGCGACACAGCGACGGGGGAGGCCUGACUCCACUAGGACAGCUGCUCAGUUUGUUUGUCACCAUUGACGGACAAGCUCAGGGGAAAAUUGUGGAGUUGGGGCUCUUUUUCAUGAUCUACAUGGCGUUGUUAGCUGUCUUCUGCACGAACGCGAUCAAUAUCUACGCGGGGAUAAACGGCCUUGAGGCGGGGCAGUCGCUGGUGAUCGCCGUGGGAGUCUUGGCUUUCACGCUAACGGAGAUUCUCUAUGAAAACGAUGGAAAAGCGAGUCCCACCCAGGUUCUUUCCCUCACGCUCGUCCUCCCCUUCAUUGGGGUCGUCCUCGGACUCCUCUACCACAACUUCUAUCCCGCACGGGCCUUCGUGGGUGACACCUUUUGCUAUUUUGCCGGCAUGACCUUCGCCGUGAUCGGCGUCCACGGCCACUUCUCCAAGACCCUCUGCUUCCUCUUUCUUCCUCAAAUCGCAAAUUUCCUCCUCUCUCUCCCCCAGCUCUUCAAAAUCGUGCCCUGUCCCCGACACAGACUCCCUCGUGUGGACCCCUCUCUUGACCGACUCCUCCCCUCCCUUUGCCCGUGCGCGAGCGAAGAGCACCGGUGGGCCAAGCGCCUCUUCGGGCUCCCUCCCGACAGCGACCACUUUAUCAAUCUGACGCUCAUCAACGCGGUCCUCAGAGUGGUGGGCCCACUCCACGAGCGAACGCUUUGCCUUUUGCUGCUACUUCUGCAGGUGGUCUGCUGCCUCGGCACCAUGUUUCUUCGCUUCUACCUGGCCAAUAUGUUCACAUGA